CGCAACGUACGUCCAAAAAAACGAAAAGAUAAGAAAAGAACAGAAAAGAAAAACUCAAUUGCGUGCAUCCAUCUCCAUCUCUCUCUGCUUCCCUACCUCCCUCUCUCCCCCAUCCUCUCUCUUACUAAUUCACAAGAUGCAGAGAUCAUCGAACAGUUCCAGAGUGACUGAAGAGUUGUUCAAGAACGCAAGCACAGACACAGAUCAACAAGAACUUCCCACGUACGAUCCACUUUCUCACAUUGGAAAGAAGGAAAAGUCUCGUCUCAGAUCUGCUGAGUAUGCAAUCCAUGUCAUCCCUCUCCUUCUUGUUCUCUGUGCCAUCAUCCUCUGGUUCUUCUCCAACUCCCCAGGUUGCUGGCUGGCUUUCCUCGUGGCCAAAAGAAGAAAAGAAGCGAAGGGCACCCCAAACAAUCUUCCGAAGAGCUCGGAUUGGAGCCUGGUGCCGGCUACAAUUAUGGAGGAAGGUGGUAUCAAGGCAGAUUACUCUCAAGCAAAUCCACCGGACUCCGGCCUACAAUCAUGAUGAUUCUUACCAGGACUAGUGCCUCUGAUUACCAUAAUUUGUGCUGCAGAAUUCUAGCCAACAGACUUGUAUUCUUCUAUAUUUAGCUCACUGUAAUUCCUGCAUUAGUGUAUACAAUCUCUAUAAAUUAGAUACCAAAUUACAUUAAUAAGAUGAGGAGAAAAGAACUAAAUUACAUUAUUUUAACAAAAGAA